AUGUCUUCUCCUCUCGCAAAUUUCGACAAGCUCUCUAUCGCGCCGAAGAUGCUAUCAUCGGGAGGCGCCUCCUCUGGCCAGUCAGCGGGGAAGGGCAAAGGCAAAGCUCCCGUCCCUGAAUAUGACCCCUCCACGUCCGAUGAAAGCUCACAGGAGGAGGAGGAUGAAGAGGAGGAGAGCUCCGACGACGACGACGACGACGAUGACCAAGAAGAAAACACAGAUAUGUUGUGGAGUGACCGUAUUUUUGCCGUCGACCAUUGCCGCCAAUUUGGUCCCCGUUAUGCCUUUCAGAUAGCCUAUGCGGAGGUGCAAAGAUACAGCAUCCGUAUCAGCCCGGCCGAUCCUACCCGACCAACCUGCUCCUGCGACGAGGAGGGUGUCUGCCACCAUAUACACUGGUUACUGGAACAACUCUCCAGAGCUACCGCCGAUAGGUCUCAGGGCACUGGCCUUGGUCCGUACGAACAAAUAUCCACCACCGGACUCUGGACAGUAUGCGACAGACUUCAUUGGGAGCUAAGAGAGGGACCUGAGGCGGACUCGGAGGAGACGGAGUGGCAGUUGUUGAAGAAGAAAGACAUUCCUCAUGGCCAAAGCAUGUGGUCAGACCCCGGCCGCCAGACAAGGGGAAUGAUCAAGGAGAGGAUGAAAUUGAUUCGGGAUAUGAUGGCAACCCUCUCCCAAAAGGUCACGGACGACUACCGCCGUGACAUCUUCGAAGAUCCUGAAGACAUCUCUAUUCACAACGCGUUCGUUCCUCGGGAUCUUGAAGCAACGCUUUCAAGGUUGCUUUUCCUCAACGACGAUAUGUUCCACCAGUUCAACUCGCUCAUGCCCAACAACACCCGCGCCUCUGAGUACUUCCGCAAAUUGUCGGUCAAGGCACGAGACACCUGUGAUUCCCUCGACAAGUACUGUGAAGUUGGCCCUGCUGCUGGUCAGUAUGACUUGAUCUCGUGUGCUCAAAUACUGGUAGACAUUGUCGAUACAAUCCACCGAAAUAUCGCGGAACGGCAACCUCUGUCAUCGGAAUCCCGGGAAGAGGCUGCUCGAGCAUUGGUCACAAUUCUCCGAAUGGUUGUCAAAGAACGCAACCAUGACGUCUACCAAAAUCUCGAAUGGACCAGACGUCGGCCGCACGGGGAGCCGCAGAUCGAUCGCAACUUAUAUCUCCGUCUAAUAGGGUCUACCGCCCGAGCAAAUCCUGCCGGUGGCUCAUUUGUCCUCAAGGCACUACAGGAUCUUCCCGAAGCCCAGCGCUUUGUCGAAGACCUGGAGGAUACCUUGGCUAUUCUGGAGACCAUCGGCUGGGGUCCCGCUCCCCAGGCAUACCGCGACAAGCUCGCGGGGAUUAUUACCCAGCUGAAGGAUAAACCUAGCCCGGGUAACAGCACUUCAGGAAAAAGGCCGGCGACCUCCAUGGACAGGAAGGCCAAGCGAAUGAAGUAA